CGCACUUCAUAGAAAGCGUGAGGAGCGCGUGCUGGAACAAACACAUUGAUCUUGAUAUACGAGAUAUUCAACAUGGUGACCCCUACAGUCUGGCCAACUGCUGUCAACGCUUUCGGGAACCAAACGCCAGCCGGAAACACAUUCUCGAAAUUCAUCGAGUCUGAGUUUCGUUUCACCCUCUUCCCCAUCUUCUACGGCGUGGUCUUUGUCUUAGGAUUGGCAGCCAACUGCUACGCACUUUAUGUAUUGCACAAAAUGCGGGACUCUAAAGCCAUGAAUGAGAUUCGCAUCUACAUGACCAACCUGACGAUUGCAGACUUGCUGUUCGUGUCCGCUCUACCGUUCUGGAUCGGGUACUACGCGAACAACGGCAACUGGAAGUAUUCGGAUGUUGUCUGUCGCAUCACAGGGUCGUUCUUUUUUAUUAACACUUACUGCUCCGUCUUCUUUCUUGCUGUUAUCAGCAUUAACCGUUACUGGGCUGUUACCAGGCCACUGGUCGCCGCUUCUUCCGACUGCUGGAAACGUGGAGCGAUCAUCUCAGCGGGCAUCUGGGCCGUCACUCUUUCAGUUUCUAUUAAAUUUCUCAUUGAUCCUGGGGUCCAGAAAGAUGGCGAGAAAAACCGCUGCUUCGAGGGUUAUCAUAACGAGACUGAUGAUACGAAAAAAACAGUCGCCGCAACGCAUUUCCUUAUUAUCGCCGUGUUUUUUGUCGUCUUUUUAUUGGUGAUUCUGUGCAACAUCUCGAUCGCUCGAACUCUUCUGUCUCAACCCAUCAGUCAGCCCCGAGCCAGUACGGGGAAGCGACCCGGCGGCACAAAGCGGAGAGCUUUAAAGAUGCUGUUUGCCGUUGUGGGCGUGUUUGUGAUCUGUUUCCUACCCCAUCAUGUGGUGCAGGGUCCGUGGGUUCUGGUAGUGUUGGGCCUAAAAGAAGGUAAAUGGAGCAUGAAGACUCAUCAACUCAUUAAUGAUGCUCAUCAGAUCACACUCAUGCUGAUGGGAUUAAAUUGCAUUCUGGAUCCUCUGGUGUAUUGCUUUGCCACCACAAAGUUUCGCAAAUACAUUCAGGGUCACUUUAAAAAGGCCAAGGAUAAGAAAAACUGCUCACGUCAGACGCUAAGCACGGCUAUGUCUUUGAAGAGCAGAAAUCAGACCGAGUUAUGAAUGUUGCCAAAUGUAUAGAUGACUCUCGAUGUUUGUUUAUUAAGUUAUUAAUUAAUUUCACAAUUCAAAGUUUGCUCCACAGUUACUUGCAUGCAUUGGUGGUGUAGCAACUUAACUAUUUUAAGUGUUAUUAUUUUAGGUGUUUGUUAAAAGAAUGGCUCAAAAUGAAAAAUACAAACUUGUAUGACACAAAGCUGUCAUAUGGCUUGAGAUAACUUGAAAUGUAGUCACAUGGACCACUUUGCGGUUGUUGUGGGUUUUUAAGGCUUGAAGCAUAGGUUUGCUACAAAACCAUGGGUUACUGUAGUAAGACCAUGGUUUUGCCAAUGGUAAACUUGUUUAAUUUUUGUAAGGGUUGUUAGUGCAGUGUUUUGGCGACGGUUUUAUGAAGAAUGAUAACGUAAUGCCAGUAGCUGAAGAUUGACAAAGACAAAUAAGAGGUCACAUGUGGUUGAUCUGUAAGAUAGCUUUUAUUUGUUCUCAAAAUAACCUUGAACUUGCUUUUUAUCUUUUCAGUCUUUGCAGCUCAGUCUUUAAAGCAGGACACAAUCUGCAAGGUUGUGAGUUUAACUGAGAAAAAAUAAUGUUUGAUUGCACUGUAAGUCGCUUUCUAUGUAAUUUCUAAUGUAAAUGUAUUUAUAAUCUUAAAUGCACUUUGUAAAAACAGCUUUGAGGUAGUUUGACUAUGAAAACAAAUAUUAGAUUGUUUUGAAUGACUGGUAGCUUUGUUACUGUAAGCAGCGUUUCUGUGCAGAAUCAUCACUGAAAUUAUAGCACUAAGGGGUUUAGAUUAAUCCAGGACCUUGACCUUUGUUAUAUUACGAAAUUGCAUAGUUUUUACAAAAACAAAAUACUGGUGUGCAUCUUGAGACAAAACAAUGGCACUGAUAUAUGUUAAGGCUGCUCAAACAUGCAUUUUAGUCUGGGACUAAGCCUCGUCCAGGAAACUGCCCCAUAAUGUUUUAUUAGUAGUAUGAUGAAAAAAUGAACUAAUAUGCAGUUAAAGGUGCAGUGUGUAAAUUUUAGCAGCAUCUAGUGGUGAGAUUGCUCAGUCCACUGCUCACCCCUUGCUUUUGAAACACAUAGAGAAGCUACUGUAGCCACCACCGGACAAACAGGUCAUCGUCGGAGACAACUUAGUAAAAAAAGUUUGUCAUUUAAGGGCUUCUGUAGAAACAUGGCGGCCCAAAAUGGCGACUUACAUGUAAGGGGAACCUCGGUGUAUGUAGAUAAAAACAUCUAAUAAGGUAAUAAACACAUAACGGUUCAUUAUGAAAGGUCUUUAUUAUUAUUUUGCAUUUCUGUCUUACUUCUAAAAUUAACACACUGCACCUUUAAAGUAUUGUUUAUGAUUAGUUAAUGCUAACUAAUAACAAACAAAACCUAAUGUUAAGUGGUACCUUAAUAUGUUUGGUUUUAUUAAAUAAAAAAAAAUGUAAAUAUCUAUAUUUUUAUUAUUGUCAAUAUUUUUUUUUGUUAUAACAACCUAAUUAUUAAAAUUAUUGAGUUUUGACUUGUGACGUUGAUUUAACAUAACCAAGUUAAAGUAACAAAAACAUAUAUUGAUAUGAUAUAAUUUUGACAGUGUGUUGUAAAUUUUUGUUUAUAUGUAAACUCUAUAUAUAAUCCUAAUUUAGCGGGUCACCUUUUACAUUAAGGCUUUAAGCAGACGCUUACAAAGAUCAAGAAACAAUCAAGCGAAUUGUCAUAGGAAGGCAAUAAUACAAGCGCUUAUACCAAGUUACAAGUUUUUACAAUCCGGAAACAAUACCUGUUGAGAGACAAAGAUCAUUCGUUUUCUCUAUCUUAAAUUGACAGCGAGCUCAGGCUCACCUGCUGUAUCUGAGUCACAUGCUUGUUCCUGGUUUCGAUCUCAAGAAUAGAAUUGCUUUUUUCAGGAACUUUUCUUUUCUUAUGCAAUAAUUUGUUGCUCAAAAGGAGAACUUGAACAUUUCAAAUGAACAAAAUGUCUUUUUAUAUGUGACUUACAGUGAUAAGUUUAAUAGUUCAACAUUUUGAAAUGACACUCAGAAAGAAUUUUAUGUUGUGUUCCCAACUUCGGACAUUUAAAUUGUGAAAGGUAUUGUAUUGUUAUUUAUAACUGAUUGUAAUAUUUCUUGUUUAUAUUGUUUUGUAUUUUGUAUGGUGUACAAUUAUAUUUUUAAACCUUGUCAGAUGUGUUCAUUUUAUAAAAUAUGACUUUUCCACACUGAAAUCUUUGAUACAUACAGUAAUUUAUGGCGAUCUUUGUUUUUCUUUGUUAUAAUAUUAUCAUAUUUCAUGAUAUUAUAAUGCCGCUAAUGAUUCAGCUUUAUGUCCAUCAAGCAGGAAAUUAGGCAAAAAUGUGUUGCUAAUGUCUGCUAAUGCUUGCAUGGUUCAGACAAAUAUGUGUGAUGCUCAGAAAGAUGGGUUAUUGAUGACUCCAUUUUAUUCUCAGGCAAUUGUGACUCAGGCAUAUUAUUAUUGUGCGUCCACUAUUUAUUCGAGUUCUCAAGAGUUCAUUCACCUUUGUACAUAAAAUACUGAAGUUGAUGUCCAAUCAAUUAAAUAAACUUUGUUCAUUUAGCUGGA